AUGAGCGCAAACAUUUCUUCUGCCCCCUUCUCUAGGGCCGUGGUGAAUGCUAUGCGGAAGCUCUAUCCAGAAGCGCUUGCCGAUAAGAGCUGGGACAACACUGGGCUCCUGCUCGAAGCGCCUUUCGACUCGCAACGGCGACAGAAGAAUUCAGUCUUGCUCUGCGUUGACCUGACCAAAGCUGUUGCCGAUGAAGCCAUUGAGCGGAAAGACUCGAUUGUGGUCGCUUACCACCCGAUCAUCUUUCGGGGACUCAAGGCUAUUACUCUCGCCAACAGCCAGCAGCAGUCUCUACUCAGAUUGGCCGCUCAAGGCAUCAGCGUCUACUGUCCUCACACCGCUGUAGAUGCUGCUCCAGGUGGCUUGGGCGAUUGGCUUGCGGAUAUUGUCACAGGCACCGCAGUAGACGAAAGCAAUCAGCCGCAAGCUGGUACCCCGCAGCCAAAUGCGCAUGAGGAAAACCCGUUUGCUGAGACGAAGCGCCCCGUUUAUCGCUUGCAGCACCUUUCCUCACAGAGAUUGACCUUAGCGAAGCUUGACGAACUCAAACACAGACACGCCGUCUCUCAUACUCGUGAAGCCAUCAGCCCCGUUACCACUGUCCCUGAUAUUCAAGGUGCCGGCAUGGGCCGUGUUGUUCGCUUUAACGAGCCACAAUCCCUGACUUCUAUCAUUGAGCGUGUCGGCACCGGCCUGGGCAAUCCCAAAGGUUUUCCCAUUGCUAUUCCUCAGGAUAAAACCUUGGAAGACAUCACCAUCAAAAGCAUUGGAAUUUGCGCCGGCAGCGGUGGAUCGCUUUUCGCUGGGCUUGAUGUUGAUUUGCUUUUCACCGGUGAAUUGUCGCAUCACGAGGCCCUGGCUGCAAUUGAGAAGGGGCAGGUUGUCAUCACGCUAUUCCACUCCAACACCGAGAGGGGCUUCUUGCACAGCGUGCUUCAAGAGCAGCUCUCUGCGGCGGUCGAAAAGGAAUGGGAGGCAUUGAGAAAGGAGGAGAAGGGGAAGCAAGGCUCAGCUGAGGAGGCACUUAAUGAUGAGACGGUGACGAUAGACGUCAGCGAGAGGGACAGAGAUCCUUACGGCAUCAUCAUCCACGAGCAGUGA